CCUGACGUACGGAAGUCACCAAAGAUGGCGGCGCGCGUGCUGAUACAGUACGUGGUGCUGAGAGGCGACUUGCGGAGGGAGCCCUUUUCCUGGCCGAUGGGGGCUACGGUGGCCCAGGCGUGCCACGCCGCAAUCGCCGCCGUCCACGCGCACUACGCGCACCCAGACACAGCGGAGUACUUAGCGCAAGGCGGCAGUAUGAGAACUGUAGUGCUUGAGGCUCCCGAUGAGCCUGCCUUGAGUGCCUUGGCAGACACUCUGCAGCAGAAUGGGAUUGACCACAAGGUCUGGGUGGAGCAGCCAGAAAACAUACCCACCUGCGUGGCCUUACGCCCGUAUCCGAAGGAGAGCGUGCACCACCUCCUCAAGACCUUCAAGCUCCUGGAAUGACCACCUUCAGUCUUAGACAUGGACAGCGUUUUCCAGGAGAAAAGAGUACAACUGGGUCCUCCAUGACUUACGGCAAAGCCACUCGAAGGUACAUCUUCUGAAGCGGUCUUCUUCUCGGUGUAGGAUGUUGGACACUAUUGCAACUUCAGGCCCAGAGCUUCUGUACAACAUGGUUAUUAAAUGGGUGGCUUUUGUGCUCCUUGCAA